AUGGGUGGGAUACCGGUCGAAAAGGCUCUGAGCGCACUCGGGAACGUCCUGAGCGGAUUGAAAAACAAGAUUCCAUUUUUAAAGGAUGGAAACGACGACGAAGCGACGAUAAUCGACGGGAAAAAGAUAGCCGCGGAUAUCCGCCUGGAAAUCAAAGCCGAAGUGGAUGAGUUGAAAACAAAAUACGGUGGGAAAGUUCCCGGCUUGGCGGUGGUGAUUGUCGGCGAGAGGAAGGACUCGCAGACGUACGUGCGAAUGAAACGGAAAGCGUGCGAUGAGGUUGGGAUUCACUCGUUUCACUCGGAGUUACCGGAGACGAUUAGCGAGGAGGAGUUGAUCGAUGUCGUGAAAAAGUACAACGAAAACCCAGACUGUCACGGGAUUUUAGUGCAAUUGCCUUUACCGAAACACAUCGAUGAGGAGAAAGUUUUAGGGGUUAUUUCCUUGGAGAAGGACGUGGACGGAUUUCAUCCGCUGAACAUCGGGAUGCUGGCGAUGAAAGGACACGAGCCGUUGUUUAUGCCGUGCACGCCGAAAGGGUCCAUCGUGUUAUUAGAGCGAAGCGGGGUGGAAUUGAAAGGGAAGAAUGCGGUCGUCGUUGGGAGGAGUAACAUCGUCGGGAUGCCGGCGAGCAUGAUGUUGAACAAGAAGGAUUGCACGGUCACGGUGGUGCACUCGAGAACGAAAAAUCCGAAAGAGAUUUGUAGGCAGGCGGAUAUUUUAAUCGCGGCUGCGGGGAGCGCGAAGAUGAUUAAAGGGGAUUGGAUUAAGAAAGGUGCGGCGGUUAUCGAUGUUGGGACGAACUCGGUUGAAGAUAAGUCGAAGAAGAGCGGAUACGCGUUGGUCGGGGACGUCGAUUUCGACGAGGCGAAAAAGAGAGCGAGUUUCAUCACGCCGGUUCCGGGAGGCGUUGGUCCAAUGACCAUCGCCAUGUUGUUGCAGAACUGCUUGGACGGUGGUAAGCGAGCGAUCGAAGGUACCAAGUAA